CUCAGUCAGUGUUUGACCAGCCAUCGUUGUGAGCGGACGUGUAAGGGCCACUCCUCCGGCCUGACUCACAGAGUUGACUCGUGCGUAAAUUGCGCCAGGUUGCCAUUACCCUAACACAGAGUUAUGGUGUUGAGAAAAUGAUGUGAAAUUUUAUAUACAUGAAGUAGAGGAAUAAAGAGAGUAGGAGAAAAAAUAAACCAAAGAAUGAAAAUCGUCAGUAAAGGAUUAAAGAAUAGAGUGAGAUAAAAAAGAAUAUAGUUGUACUAUUAAGUGAGGAUGAAAUUAGAGAGAAACUAGUGAGAAAACGAAUACGGAAGAAAAUAAGAAACACCAAAGAGAAUUAUACAGUAAAUGAGAAAUAAACAAACGUUAACGAUAAAAACUAAAUAUGAUUUAAGACGACGAAUAGAAUAAGUGAAAGUAAAUAAAAAUACAUAAGAAUGAAGGAAAUAAAGAACAUUAGUGAAGAAAAACCUAACUUAAAAAAAUAAACACAAGGGACGAAAGUAAACAUAUAAGAACUGAAUUACAGAUAAAAUAAAUAAUGAAAACUAAAUAACGAUCAGAGGAAGUGAUACGGAUUAAGAAAUACACGAAGUAAAAAAUAAAAAAAGACAAAGUUGUGACAGGUGGCAGCUUGACAGCCAGGAUCGAACCCUUGUCCUCGUCAACAUGUGGGAGACACGAACAUUGCUGCCAUCCUUGUUAGUUCUCCUGUUCCUGUCUUGUAUAACAGACGCACACGAGGAUGAGGAGACGUACAUAGAGGAGGUGAAGGUGCCACAAUUCGUGCGUCGCGGGGAGGAGGUGGAGCUUGAGUGCCGGUGGAAGGUGCCAGGGAAGUUGUACUCCCUCAAGUGGUACUUCAAUGACCGCGAGUUCUUCAGGUUCACCCCAGAACAGCCUCGAGCAACUGUCCUGCCCAUACCCUUCGUCCAAGUCAACGAAAAUAAAUCGACUGGGGCCAAGAUUGUGCUGAACGACGUACAGUUUGGGUCGUCGGGGAAGUACAAGUGUGAGAUCACGGCAGAGUGGCCUCAGUUCUACACCGCGGACAAGAGUAACACAAUGACGGUGGUCGACGUGCCGCAGGAGAAACCGAAGAUCCGAGGCAUCAAGAACAAGUACCAUAUAGGUGAUGAAGUCCACCUUACCUGUACCUCCGCCAAGUCCUUCCCAGCGGCCAACCUCACCUGGUACAUCAACAACGAGAAGGCUCCCCGGCAGUACGUAGUAGUCAUGAACAACACAGAACACGAGCAGCGACUACAGGAGGCACACCAGGGCCUUUCCUUCGUGGUCACCGGCGAGCAUUUCCGGGACGGUGCUAUGACCCUUAAGUGUACAGCUGAGGUCGACUUCCUUUACAUUAAGAGUCACCAACACAGUAUUGAUGAGCAGCUGACUUACAACGUGCCCGUCAUGGAGUCGCGGGACAUCUCUGCUUUCUCAGGCGGGGCUCUCAGUGGCAGUCACUUCCUGCUGGUGACGCUGUCGGUGGCGGUGCAGGUGGUGGUGGGGGUGGUGGCCAACAUCCCCCGGUGACUCUUCAGCUCCACCUCACCCUCUACCUCCCACCCUCGCUGGAGUAACAGUAGACAGCGUCAUACCUAGAAGAUAAACUUAGUUAGCGCUCCAGUUGUAACCAUUUACUUCUUGUAUUUCUAAAAAGGAGUUUCUAAGAUUAUUUAGUGUGAGGACGAACCAUUACUGAGGGUAGCUGGCAGGUCAGACUCUGUGAGGAACCGUCAACACAGACAUCCCUCAAGUCUAAACUACAGUAAUAUAAUAAUUCAUCUUCAUAAUGAGUGAAGUGCCUGUGUGUUGUUGUGAGGUUAAUUAACGCACUACUGAGGAACAUCACAGCAUCUGACCUGUCAUAAUAUUGUAAAUAAUAACACUAUUACGUGCCACACAUCUUAGGAGACUUACGGUUGUUCAUCUUGUAAUGUUCUUCACGUCACUUAAUGUCAACUUAUCAUCAGCUUCAUCGAGUGUUUCUCACAACUUGUGGUAACGCGACGACCACAAGUUAACUUUAUCUCUUAGCAUUAGUUUUGUAUUGUACUAAAGUGGUGUACAAUGUUGCACUGGCACUCAUGGUCAUCAGUGAUGUACACUGUGUUGCUGGCCCUCGCGGCCAUCAGUGAUGUACACUGGCCUCCAUGGCCACCAGUAACAUCCCGACAGGUGAUGUAACAAUAUGGAAGUUGUAAGUGCAGUUGUUAUCAUCGUUGAUAUUUUUAUGCUUUCAUGUGCAGUGACCUGUCGACUCCUUCCUAGCGUCCUCAGCAAAGGGUAGACUUUAUAAAGGUAGAUUAAAUGAUGGUUGUCAGGUGAUUCGCGCCGCCAUAGUCAGUUUGCAACUUUUUUUUAUUCUUUGCAGAUUAUAUUUUGUUUAAUUAUGCAUUAAUU